AUUGUUUUAUUGCCUCAUAGAUGGAGCUAUGGAGUUGUCCUCUAUGAGAUUUUUACAAUAGGUAAUAUUUAUUGAUUAGUUUUGAAUGCUUUUCAUUAGCUCCGCAACAGAGAGAGUCUCAACUGACUCAAACUUGGGUACGAACUGACUCAAACCUGGGUACGAAACUUCUGGGUACGGAACGGCCAGAUGCCCUUAAAAAGGUGUUCUCCCUGACUAGGAGUACGCGCUCCAUGUGAUAUAUUAAUUUUGAUCAUCUAUUCAUUUUGCCGCAUAAAAAUAUAAUCAUAGCUAUAGAAUUAUGCUCGUGAUACAAUAGUCUCCAAAGUCACUUUACAUCAGGUGGUUCACCGUAUCCGCGGAUGGAUGGCCGGAAAAUUGCCAACUUACUUCAGCAGGGAUACAGAAUGCCUAAACCACAACACCUGGAUGAUAAGUUGUAA